AUGGCUUGCCCCAAAGCGACGCGUGACCCCAACAUCAAGUCCAUUCCCGAGCGGUCUAUUCGCAUUCGUCCCAGCCUGGACGCCAGUUAUACCAGCCCGAUUUUUGGCACCGCAACAGGCCGUUUCGACGACUACUUUGCUCUAUGCUCCACCACUCCCCUGGGGUCCGGCAGAUUUGGCGCCGUGCGUAAAUGCAUUUGCAAGGCGACGGGGGAGGCCUUCGCGUGCAAAACGCUGCAGAAGAAAGAGUUGAUCGGCGAGGCUGGGCGGGAUGACGUGCGUCGCGAGGUUCGCAUGUUGCAGCAAGUGGCAGGCCACCCCGGGAUAGUUCAGCUGCACGCGGUAUUUGAGGACGAAAAGGAGGUGCAUCUGGUUACCGAGCUUUGCGAUGGUGGCGAGCUCUUCGACGACGUCGUGCGACGCGGGCGUCUGCCUGAGAAGGAAGCGGCGCAGGUGUUCAUGCAGGUGGCAUCGGCUGUCGCAUUCUGCCACUCCCGCGGCAUUGUGCAUCGCGACGUGAAGCCCGAAAACAUCUUAUUGUGCUUCAAUAGGAGCCUUGGCCCAGCUGCGGAGAAGAAAACUGAAGUUUUCUCUCCCACUGGCAUGGCCCCACCGCGUCCCACUUCCGCGAGCCCCUCCCCUUCUUCGAUCGCAAACCCCGCUGCGCGUAAGAGCGCGUUCGUCCCCGAGCCCGCUCCGCAUCUACGCGUGAAGCUCGCGGAUUUCGGCCUCGCGCUGAGCAUCGGCCGCGACGGUCGCACGCGCGGCGCGGCGGGCUCGCCGUACUACAUGGCGCCGGAGGUGUUCACCGGCGAGUACGGCUGCUCGGCCGACGUGUGGUCGCUGGGCGUCGUGCUCCACGUGCUGCUGAGCGGCGGCGUGCCGUUCUGGGGCGACGACGAGGCGGCCACGAUCCGCAGCGUGCUGCACGGGCGGUUGGAUCUGGGGGAGGAGUCCGCGGCGUGGGAGGGAGUGUCGGCGGAGGCGCGCGGGCUGAUUCGGUGCAUGCUGGAGAGGGACCCGCGGCGACGCCCGUCCGCCAGCAAGGUGCUCUCGCACCCCUGGCUGCUGCUGCACGCCUUCGGCGGACGUAUCGUGCGGAAGGCUGUGCGCGGAGAGGCAGCACAAGCUGCCGCCGCGCAGAGCACCGCGCGUUCCGCGCUGAAUGAGCAUGCGCGCGCCCAAGCAGCGCAAGCAGCCGCGGCAGAUCUCGUCGGGGCUCGGCGGGGUGGGAGGGCGAUGGAAGCGGAGCAAGCUGCAGCGUUUGCCACAGCCAGUGGAUCCGCUUCGCCUACCUGCGCUGUGCGCGCCGAGAGACGUGGGCAAGUCAGCCAUGGUGCAGCGCGCGUGCAGGCGUCAGCAUGA